AUGCAGGGUGCCGGGGGCGCCCGUCCUGGCAGCCACGGGGGUGCUGGCGACCGACAGGGGCCGGGCCUGUGCCGGGGUGAGAUCGAAUUCGGAGGGUCUGGGAAGAAGCGAGGCAAGUUCGUGAAGUUGCCCAGUGGCGUGGCCCCGUCUGUGCUCUUUGACCUUCUGCUGGCCGAAUGGCACCUGCCGGUCCCCAACCUGGUGGUGUCGCUGGUGGGCGAGGAGCGGCCCUUCGCCCUGAAGCCGUGGCUGCGAGACGUCCUGCGCAAGGGGCUGGUGAAGGCGGCUCAGAGCACACGUGCCUGGAUCCUGACCAGCGCGCUCCGUGUGGGCCUUGCCCGGUACGUCGGACAGGCUGUGCGUGACCGCUCACUGGCCAGCACGUCCACCAAGGCCCGCGUGGUGGCCAUCGGCAUCGCCUCGCUGGGCCGCGUGCUGCACCAUCGGCUUCUGGACGACGCCCAGGAGGACAGCCCUGUCCACUACCCCAUGGACGAUGGUGGCCGCCAGGGCCCCCUGUGCGCCCUGAACAGCAACCACCCCCACUUCAUCCUGGUGGACCCGGGCCCCGGGGAGGGCAGUGAGCCCACUGAGCUGCGGCUGAGGCUGGAGAAGCACAUCUCGGAGCAGAGGACCGGCUACGGGGGCACCAGCAGCAUCGAGACCCCCGUCCUCUGUCUGCUGGUCAACGGUGACCCCAGCACCCUGGAGAGGAUUUCCAGGGCCGUGGAGCACGCCGGCCCGUGGCUGAUCCUGGCGGGCUCGGGGGGCAUUACCGACGUGCUUGCUGCCCUGAUGAACCAGCCCCACCUCCUGGUGCCCCAGGUGGCCGAGAAGCAGUUUAGAGAGAAGUUCCCCAGUGAGAACUUCUCCUGGGAGGACAUCGUGCACUGGACAGAACUGCUGCGGAACAUCACCUCCCACCCGCACCUGCUCACCGUGCAUGACUUCGAGCAGGAGGGCCCCGAGGAGCUGGACAUGGUCAUCCUCAAGGCGCGGGUGAAGGCCUGCAAGAGCCACAGCCAGGAGGCACAGGACUACCCGGAUGAGCUGAAGCUGGCCGUGGCCUGGGACCGCGUGGACAUCGCCAGGAGCGAGAUCCUCAACGGGGAUGUGGAGUGGAAGUCCCGCCACCUGGAGGAGGUGAUGAUGGACGCACUGGUGAGCAACAAGCCCGAGUUCGUGCGCCUCUUCGUGGAUGGUGGCGCCGACGUGGCGGACGUCGUGACGUACGGGCGGCUGCAGCAGCUCUACCGCUCGGCGCCCCCCAAGAGCCUGCCCUUCCACCUGCUGCGGCGCAAGCGCGAGGAAGGCCGGCUGACGCUGGCCGGGCUGGGCCAGCAGGCCCGGGAGCCGCCCGCCUUCUCCCUGCACGAGGUGUCGCGGGUGCUCAAGGACUUCCUGCACGACGCCUGCCGUGGGCUCUUCCAGGCGGUGAGCUGUGAGGGGGCGGCGGGGGGCCAGGCGGGGCCGCGGCUACAGGCUGACACCCCCGUCCCCCAGGAGCAGGGCCCGACCCGGCGGCCCACGGGGCAGAAGGGGCUGCUGGACCUGAACCAGAGGAGCGAGAGCUCCUGGAGGGACCUGUUCCUGUGGGCGGUGCUGCAGAACCGCCACGAGAUGGCUACCUACUUCUGGGCCAUGGGCCAGGAGGGCGUGGCAGCCGCUCUGGCCACCCGCAAGAUCCUCAAAGAGAUGUCCCACCUGGAGACGGAGGCCGAGGUGGGCCACACCCCGCGUGAGGCCAAGUACGAGCAGCUGGCCCUGGACCUCUUCUCCGAGUGCUACCGUAACAGCGAGGAGCGCGCCUUCGCCCUGCUGGUGCGCCGGAACCGCUCAGGGAGCAGGACCACGUGUCUGCACCUGGCCACCGAGGCCGACACCAAGGCCUUCUUCGCCCACGACGGGGUGCAGGCCUUCCUGACCAAGAUCUGGUGGGGGGACAUGGCCUCGGGCACGCCCAUCCUGCGGCUGCUGGGCACCUUCCUCUGCCCGGCCCUCAUGUUCACCAACCUCAUCACCUUCAGUGAGGAGGCCCCUCUAAGGACGGGCCCAGAGGACCUGCAGGGGCUAGACAGCCUGGACGCGGAGAAGAGGCUGGACCCCGGUGGGCAGUGGCAAGCUUGGGGCUCUGGCCACCCGUCUCACCGCUGGCCGUGGCCUCCUUCGUGGUGCAGGGCGGCGGAGCUGGCCAAGGCACCGAGGACUCAGAGCAGCCGGGGCCCACGAGCCGCCUUCUUGCUCACGUGCUGGCGGAAGUUCUGGGGGGCGCCCGUGACCGUGUUCCUGGGGAACAUGGUCAUGUACUUCGCGUUCCUCUUCCUGUUCACCUACGUCCUGCUGGUGGACUUCAGGCCCCCUCCCCAGGGGCUGUCGGGGGCUGAGGUCACCCUCUACUUCUGGCUCUUCACGCUGGUGCUGGAGGAGAUCUGGCAGGGCUUCUUCACAGAUGAGGACAUGCGCCUGGUGAAGAAGGUCACUCUCUCCGUGGAGGACAACUGGAUCAAGUGUGACAUGGUAGCCAUCUUCCUGUUCAUCUUCGGUGUCACCUGCAGGAUGCUGCCCUCGGUGUUUGAGGCCGGCCGCACGAUCCUCGCCAUCGACUUCAUGGUGUUCACGCUCCGGCUGAUCCACAUCUUUGCCAUCCACAAGCAGCUGGGCCCCAAGAUCAUCAUCGUGGAGCGGAUGAUGAAGGACGUCUUUUUCUUCCUCUUCUUCCUGAGCGUGUGUCUUGUGGCCUACGGUGUGACCAGCCAGGCGCUGCUGCACCCGCAUGACAGGCAGCUGGAGUGGAUCUUCCGCCAUGUGCUCUACCGGCCAUACCUACAGAUCUUCGGGCAGAUCCCACUGGAUGAGAUCGAUGAAGCCCGCGUGAACUGCUCCGUGCACCCCCUGCUGCUGGAGGACUCGCCCUCCUGCCCCAACCUCUACGCCAACCGGCUGGUCAUCGUCCUGCUGGUCACCAACGUGCUGCUCGUGAACUUGCUCAUUGCCAUGUUCAGCUACACGUUGCAGGUGGUGCGGGGCAACGCGGACACCUUCUGGAAGUUCCAGCGCUACCACCUCAUCGUGGAGUACCACGAGCGCCCCGCCCUGGCCCCGCCCUUCAUCCUCCUCAGCCACCUGAACCUGGUGCUCAAGAGGUUCUUCCGGAAGGAGGCCCAGCAAAAGCGGCGCACCUGGGUGAGGGACCUGCCGGAGCCCCUGGACCAGAAGGUGGUCACCUGGGAGGCGGUGCAGAAGGAGAACUUCCUGAGCGAGCUGGAGAAGCGGAGGAAGGACAGCGGGGAGGAGCUGCUGCGGGAGACGGCCCACAGGGCAACUACUGCAUGACGCUCCUCUCCUUCACGGCCGACACGCUGGCCCGCAGGAACACCUACUACGCUAGGUGUGGCUGUCCCCACACGUCCUGGGCGGGCUUGGGGCGGGGUGGGCGCAAGCAAUCCACCGCCAGCCCGCUGGCUUGGGCCUCC